UCCAAACACAGAUAACGCUGUGUGCUGGCAACUCCAUUAACAUACGGCCAGAAUUUACCUGCCCACACCACCCCCUAACCCCCACCCCACCCCCUCUGACUGCCAAUCAUUGAAUCCUUCUUUCUACACAAUAAAACACGCACACAAAAUCACUCUGUUUAUAAAUACACUAAUUCAGUCUCCAUUUUCCUGCCCCUAGCCCUUUUAUGGUAUAAAAAUUAUUUCUUUUUUUAACUAUGCUGAUUUUUAUAGAAAGAUUGCUACAAUCUUCUCUGUUUACAGCUAGUUAUUGACUGAAGAAAUUAGGGUUCGAUUUGUGACCCUUUUUUCUGAAAUGUAUUUCGCCUACACAUUCUGCAUCGAAGCUGAGGUGGAAGAAGGCCAGUGGGAAAAAGAGAGAUAGCAAGAAACCGAAAAAGAUUUUAUUUUUUAUUUUUUUAUAUUCGAAAUCAGUGCUUUUGUAUAGGAAAAAAACUGGUAUGUCAGCUAGUGUAAUCGGUGAUUCCAUGGUGAUGAACUCCGGGCCUGAUGGGCCCGUUAAUAAGCUUUCGGGCCAAAACGAUGUGGAUUUUGUGAAGUGCGAUUGCUGCGGGCUUUCUGAAGAAUGCACCCCUUCUUACAUCAACACAGUUCGAGAGAUGUACGGCGGGAAAUGGAUUUGCGGGCUUUGUGCAGAGGCCGUGAAAGACGAAGUGUUGCGGUGCCAGAAGCUGAUAAGCCCGGACGAGGCCAUGGCUCGCCAUUUGAGCUUCUGCAGCAAGUUUCGGGCCGGCGGGCCGCCGCAGGAUCCCACGCUGCUCUUGAUUCGGGCCAUGACGCAGGUGCUUAGGAAGAGUCUGGAGAGCCCGAAAUCAAUGCCGACUAGCCCGACGACCAGCCGCAACGUCUCCGCUGGUGUGUUGACUCGGUCCGAGAGUUGUAUGCCGAGUUUAACCCUGGUCGAGGCGUCGGUGUAUUGUGGGAUCAAUGAAGGCUGUGAGUGAGGAUCGAGGGUAAAAUAGUAAAUUUUGACGUUCAAGGGGAGGGGGAAAGUGAAGAAAUGAAAAUUGGAACAACUCUAGGCAAAGUAGGGCUGAAUUUUGGUUUAAAGAUUUGGUAACUGUAAAAAAUAAUUGUUUUGUGGUUUUGGAAUGAAAAAUGGGACACUUUUAGUAGUA